GUUGGAUUUGUUCUGCUCCUGGCGUGUGCUAAUGAACAUUUCUAUGGGGUUUGCAUGUGGAGAUGAUUUUGAUACGAAGGAAAGCAAAGCUCCAUUGACAGAUGAGCAAAGUACAGAGGCAAGACAGAGGAUUGGUAUGGAUUGGCACCAUCUUGGAGUUGAAGGCGACAAGGAAUUCUGGCCAGUAGAACACCCACUGAAGCCACCAGAUGAAGAUGGCCCCGUCAAAUGCCCCAUACCUGACUCCACUGUUAUCAAUGAUGGAGGAAUGAAUGAGAAAAGAUUUUCUGAAAACAUGUGGAAGAUAACAGAACAACCAAUAGUUGUAGAAGGACAAAGCAUGGUUGUCGCGGAUGCAGAGCCUCCUAUUCGAGCAGUGCGUAAAAGGCAUCACACUCUUACCCGUGGAGACCAUAUUAUAACCCCUUUAAUGAGAAUGCCACCUCUACCUCCCCUCCCAACCCAUAACAUUUCAAUCUUUCAAAUGCUCCAGCAGUUGGACAAGAUUGAGUCUUGAAAAAGUAUAACCAAUGAUUUGGUUCCCCCCAUCUUUUUUCAUUUAAGUUAUUCUCAACCCAUUAGGAAGCGAUGAGAAAAAAAACCUCUUUAUUAUAUAACCAGUGGUGUAGCUGCUUUAGAACAAGAGGAAUCCUAGAUGUAGCAAUGACUUUGUAACUCUACAGCUAUCUUCGAAUUGUAUUUUGUAUAUUAUCAGCAAAUCUUGUUGCAACUUAUAUCAUAAUAUGCCAAAAGUUUUUAUA